AUGGCCAACGAUGCACCAUCAGUCGUUGCUAGCAUUGAAGAAUUUUUCACCAUGGUGAGCGCUGGUCUUGCUGGUUCGACACCACACAUGAUUUCAGCAUCUAUCACGGCAAUCACUCGCAUUUUGUACGAAUUUCACAGCUUGCUCGACAAACAGGCGCUUGGCGAUCUGGUUCAAACCGUCGACCUGUUUUUGACAUCGAACAACCGAGAAAUUGUUAGUAGUGUCCUCGGAUUUGCGAAGGUGUGCACCAUCAGCCUCCCAGUCGAGAUGGUCGGCGUUCGGCUUCCGACCCUUAUUCCCAACCUCAUGCGCUGGAGCCAUGAACACAAAGGACACUUUCGUGCGAAGGUGAAGCACAUUCUCGACCGCAUGGUCCGACGUUUCGGAUUCGAUAUUGUCAACAAAUACUGCCCUGAGGAAGAUCGUAAGCUGAUCAGCAACAUCCGAAAGACAAAAGAGCGCAACAAGAGGAAGAACCGGGUCGCAGAUAAGGCAGGUGAUGAGAGUGAGGAUGAAGAGGGGGACGAUGGGGGUGAGAGAAAGACUCGAGGCAACCGUUUUGACAGUGGGUUCGAUGCGGCACUCUAUAGCAGCGACUCUGACAAUUCAGGCGACGAGGGCGGUGACGCCAGUGCGGAACACCCGGCUAAAGAGAGAAAGAAGCGUGGAAAUAAUGGCGGGCAGGCGUUCAUCUUAGAGGAAGAGGGCGAACCCUUGGAUCUACUUGAUCGUAAGGCAAUUGCCAGCAUCUCAUCUACGCGGCCAAUGAAGAUGCGGAAGCCAGGGCUCGGCAAGGCAAAAUUCAACGCGGAUGGGAAGCUUGUUUUGGGUGAAAAUGCCUCUGGGAAUGGCAACGGGGAUUUCGACAUGGAUAUUGACCAGGAAGAUGGCGGAGCGGAGAGUGGCGUCAAUGCUUACCUGUCCGCCGUUUCGGGAAAAGAUGUCGCCAAGAGAGGCUAUCGCGGCAAACUCAAGUGGACCAACAAAAGAGGCCAUGGCGGUGAUGAUGACGAUAUGAUGGAUGAGGAUGAGGCCGCAGCCAUCAAAGCAAAGCUUGACAAGGGUCCAAGUGGCGGCCGCAUUUCUCCUCGUGGUAGCGGUCGCAAUGGAAGAGGUAGCCGUGGUGGAAAUAAUGGACGCGGCCACAGUCGUUCCGGUAGCGGUCGUGUUAUGUUUGGAAGGAGGGGGCUUGGCGAAGAUAAGCGAAUGGGUGGAUCGUCGGGAGGUGGACGAGUAGCGAAAUCAUGGCCACAGAAGCGAUAA